GACUGUGUCGUCAUUACGAGGCUAAUCCAAAGCAUGAUAGCAAAAUGGUGGAUGUAAAUACUGCUUUUUGAAUUGAAAAUUGGAAGUCUUCACAAAUUAUCAACUGCAUGAAGGUGCUGGAUUAUUUAAAGAACCUAUAAUUUGCAAAUGGGAAGCUAUGGUUUGGUUAUAUUGCAGAAGAGGAUUUUUCAAUCUCUCAAGAAAACAUGUUAUUUGGAAGAGAAGUUUCAAAACUGGAACUGUGUGUCAUUGUAAUGACAGAAUAUCAUGGAGUCCUCAAGUAGAAAUGUAUGUCAGGAAAAUGGUCAACAGAUAUGAUCUGCUUAGUGAAAAGAUGAUAAAUGAUCUUGACCAGUCAGAAAUCAAGAAAACAUCAAAAGCUUUGCAGCAAUUAGCUCCUGUGAAGGAGCUGUAUCACACUCUCCUUUCUAAACGCAAGGAAUUGUUGGAGUUGUCAUCAGAAAUGAUUGAUGAUGAAGAAUUCUCGAAACUGGUAACUGAGGAGAUCCAAGACUACCGCAAUCAGAUAAACGAUGUGCAGCAAGAUCUUGUUUCUAUGUUGUCACCUAAAGAUACUGAUGACGAAAAUAGUGCAAUUUUAGAGGUUAGAGCCGGAACUGGUGGAAAAGAAGCAUCUCUUUUUGCAGCGGAAAUCUUUGCUAUGUAUCAAAAGUUUUCCUCGGGCCAGCGUUGGAACUUUGAUGUGUUGAGCCAUAGCGUCGGAGAGUCAGAGGGGAUUAAGGAUGCCUCAGCUAGUAUAUCAGGUGACAAUGUGUUUGGGUCACUAAAAUUCGAAAUUGGGGUGCAUCGCGUGCAAAGAAUCCCAGUUACAGAAUCUCAGGGUCGAGUUCACACAUCAACAAUAACUGUAGCUGUUUUACCACAGCCGAGCGAAAUCGAUAUUACUGUGAACCAAUCAGACCUCAGGAUUGAGACAUUUCGAUCGUCCGGCCCCGGCGGUCAGCACGUGAACAAAACGGACAGUGCUGUCCGAGUAAUUCAUAUUCCUAGCGGAUUGACUGUAUCAUGCCAGGAAGAUCGGUCGCAGAUAAAGAACAAGUUACAAGCUAUUACUCUUUUGCGAACGAAGCUCUAUGACAUCGAAAGACAGAAGGCUGAUAAACUUAGAAAAGAAACACGAAAGUUGCAGAUUGGCAGCGGAGAUAGAUCCGAACGGAUUCGGACUUAUAAUUUCCUUCAAGACAGGAUAACUGAUCACAGAGUGGGCGUGUCCCUGCAUGGCGUUCAGGAAUUUUUACAAGGUGGCGAAAAACUACUGAGCCUGAUCGAAGAGUUAAGGACUACGGAAAAAGUUUUAGCAUUUAAUAAACUAGUUAAUCUAGCUAAGAAUAUAUAAUUUUUCAAUUGAUGUGAUUUAAGCUUUGUUAAUUCAACAAUUAGCUGUUUUCUGCAUUCAAAUUUUAUUUGAAAUGUUUGAUGUGAAGUUUGGAAAGAGAGUGCUCCAUGUAUCUGUGCACAAAAUUAUAAUUCCCCAAUGGUUCCGUCUACUUUAUUCAAAGUUUAACAAAGAUACAAUUGGACCUUAUUUCGCAUGCUUUCUUGAAGCGAAGCGAAAUCUUUCAGACCAUUAUUACUGAUAAAACUUAGGACACAUGCUUUUUAGGGUGAAAGUCCUGCGUCAUAGACUGGGGACGAGUAACGUCAUCAUGACUUUCCUGGUUUUUGUCAUUUGGAUUUUGUGAUUGAAGGAUUAUUUCUUAAAUAAAUAUGACUGUGUUUUAGGCCUUAAGAUGUUUGUUAUUUAGAAUUUCCAAAUAUUCCUUUGUUUAUAUCCCUGUUUUCUUACAUUUCCAAGAAUUUCUGAGCAAUGUUUUAUUGUAAUCUGCUGGAUUGGUUGUUCUGCUUCCAUUAACACACUUGGUGAAUAUAAAGAACAUUUGAUAAUACCUGAAAAGCAAGGCCUACGGCACCGGAAGGCCGGGGUGGCCAUGGCCCUCUCCCCACUUGUUUGCGAAGCAAGUAGUGUUAGAGCUGCAGUGAAAGGGGAAAGAAGCUUUGGCCCCCUUCUUUUGCUGGCCUUGCCCCCCCCCCACUUUCAAAUUCGUGACGUGGGCCCUGAAAAGUCUUUUCCUCUGUAUGGUUAUUAAGUUUUGCCUAGUCAUAAAGUUCAUUCUUAACUAGUUUUAUUAAAACUGUUUGGCAUCCUACCAAGAUCAUGGUUUUCCUCAAGAAAGCUUUGUAAUUUCUAACGUUCACGAAUUGUCGAAGAUACCAAACUAUUGAAGUUUCCUCCUGUAAAAUUUUUACCUACCCUGGGUACCAGACUCAGUAAAUUUUACCUCGAUAACAAAUUUAAUUCUUCCCUAAGAAACCGAUUUCUGGCAGACUGCUAAUUUGUUUCUUACAGUUUAGUUUUGGGUUUUUAAUAUUGUCAAUACGUUUUUUCAUUGAAACGAGAUUUUAAAUUUAUUUUGCCAAGAGUAUUUGGGACACAUGAGGACCUACCUACAUUUUUAUCGGAAAAUAACAGGGGCAGCCGCGUGUCAUUCUUCUAAGCUCGAGUCAGAGACAAAAGACCACAAUGUUCUUCUUAGCGUCAUAUCUUGAAAAAACCAAAAGGUCAACAUAGCAUGCUCAUAUUGAACGGUUUGAGGAACAGUAAACUGAAGCAC